AUGUCGUUCGUGCGCUCGCUCGCCGUCAACUUUGGCAGGCUGGCCACCUUCAUUCAGGUCCUCUUCUAUCUUCCGCUCGCCCUCGACAUUGCGGGUCAGGAUGCCUUCCUCGCGCUCUCGGCCUCGUUGGCCUCGUACUACUUCUUCCUGUCGACAGUGCGGCUCUUGACGCGAAAGACACGUCUCGCAUGGAUCGGCCAGACCUUUGCCGUCUUCCAAUUUGUCGUCAUUCCGGCCUGCCUUCUGGUCUCCUUCAAUGUCUACUCGCCUCCCUCGGCGACUAUCUUCCCAGAGCGAAGAUCCGAGAGCUUCGACAACACUGCCACCGAAGCCAUCACCAAUCUCUUCUCACGCAGAGCUGGAUCAAUGACGCUUGGAGCUGUGGACCGAGAUGACCUGCAAUCUCUGACUGGCUUCGACACGCUGGACCAAGUCCUCUCCGCAUUGGUCGCCUUCUUCUUCUGGCUCGCGCGACGAGUGCCGGGCUGGUGGCAUACGCUGCUCCGCAUCUCGAGCCCCUUCUUCAGUCUACUCGAGGGUGUAGCAUCCCUGCUCGUCAUCCAGUCACUUGCAUCCACCUCGAGAUGGAUCAUCGCAUCCUCCCUAGCGAAUCCGUCGUCUCGGUAUCAGCGCGUUCCGUCUCCUGGAACUCCCUCCGCAAGAGGCGCCGCCUGGGUCACCAACACCUUUGUUAUGCGCUCGCUCGCCUCCAUCGGCUUUGGCGCCAGUGAAGUCUGGCAGAUCUUCUUCCUGCUCGUUUCGGCCACCAUCUACGUCACCGCCGCCUUUGCGCUCUACGUGUCCUUCGACGGCGCGACCAAAGACCGCCCGGGCACCGCCGCAGCCAUCGCCACCUCUGUGACGUCGACAAUGUGGCUCACCGCCAUCGCAUUCGCCAUCCGAAAAGGCAACGUCAUUGAGACGAGUCUCAUGUUUGCCUACGUCGUCUUCAACAUCUAUCAGCUCGGCCCCAGUCUCUCCUUCACCCCAGACCCGAUCACGCUCAUCCGCAGCUUCAAGGCCAACACGCACGGCCAAGCGUUCGUCGACAAGCUGCCGCGCUCCCUGCAAGCGCCGUUGACGAGCAAGAUCCUUCAGGCGGCAAGCGGACUCGUCGAGGUGCUCGCGCAUUGGCUAGGCCAAUCGGUCGACUUCAUCCAUGCAGCGGGCGCGGCACUACCAAAGUCGGUCAUCGUGUCGUUGAUCUACCGAUUGAUGGUGCUGUAUGCGGCGAGUCGCAUCUUGCCCAUGCUCAAAGGGAAUGUUGCGCCGAACCACACGGAGGAUGGCGUUCAUAGCAGGCGGCCUAGCUGGGGCCGCGCACCGACAGGCGAAGAAGAGGAGAGCGAUUGGAGCUCGUCCAGCUCCGACUCGUCUGUAGCGGGAACAGAAGUCGAGGAGCUGGAAGAAGAGGUGUGGGACGACGAAGAAGGACGUUGGAUUCUGCAGCGACGACGACUCAGGCGCAGGCGGAGAAGAAGGACGCCAUUCGAUGGCGAGUUGGAAGACAGUGCGACCGAGAGCGGCAGUGAGGACGUGGAAGAAUUUUCGGAGGACGAUAGCGGCAUUGCGUACAACGACGAUGGGACCAAGUCGCUAGCAGACGAAUUGAAGGAGCCGAUGACGUUGGCGGACAAGCUCAAGUCGCCUCCGCCGCCAGGAGCUGCGGGUGUCGCGCGGGGGAAGCGUCCUGGAUAUGCGCGCGGUCAGAAACGCAGAUCGAAAGCAAACCGACGUGGAUCCACAGCCACAGCCAUGAGCGCGAAAUCGCCCAAGCAGCCGUCUGCAGCGUUGCCCAACGGUGACCCCACUCCAUCAUCACCGGGCGUCGAUCCGUCCACGCCAACACCCUCCGCACGAAAGCGCCCCAAUCUCUCCCGUCCACCCUCCGACGCGCGUCGUCACAAGCGUCCUCGACCCCCACAUCCACCUCCUUCGCCCACCUCGCUCCCUGAUCCGUCGCCAACAGGCGAAGCGUUCGGCUCGUUCAUCUCGAUCCUCGUCUCGUACUCGCGUCUGAUCCUUAUCGCCGUCUACUCGCACCUGCUGCUGUUGGAUCAGGCGAACCAGAUCUACUGGCGAUUCUUGACGGUGGGGUUGACGCUGGUCUUGUGGGGACUGGAGAUUGUGAUUAGCAAAGAGGAGGAGGUGGUGGGUGGCGUGGGCGAGCUGGGUGCUGCUGCUGGCAGAGCGUGA